CCGAACGCAAUCUAAAAUACGUGGAAAGUCCUCGCUCCGCUCAGUUGAACUGAGCUAAGUUUUAUUCAUAUUUCUAAGUCACAAACGUUUUUUGAAGACUUCAAAAUGGUCACAAAAUACUUUAUUUCUUUAUUCCUUAUCACAUUCUGCGGGAGGGCCUUAUCCGAAAGCUGCAAAAACCCAAAAGUCGAGGCAGCUUCAUUCACCAGUUUAGAUGCCACAAUCGUAACACAAAUCGCAUAUAUUACUGAAUUUACGCUGAAAUGUGACAACGAAUUGCCUGAAAACUAUGCUUUGUAUGCAGAAGUUGAAGGAAAACCACUGGCAGCGGCCCGAAUUGGCACUAACAAGUACCAGGUUUCUUGGACUGAGGAACCUGCCAAGGCUCGCUCAGGAACUCACAAAGUCCAUAUUCUGGACGAGGAAGGCUGGGCUUCUCUAAGACGCGCUCGCCGAGCUGACCCCGCAGCUGAAGUGGCUCCAAUGCUUGCUAUUGAAUUACAACACCCAGGCAGUUACUCUGGUCCCUAUGUGAACUCUGAACUACUUGCCACCGUCACCUCAAUCUUCGUUGCGUAUGUCGCGCUUCGCAACAAAAGCAAGAUCCUAGCUUAAAUAAAUUGUUCUUUAAUUUUAUUUAAUUAAAUUUACAUAUUUUUUAAAA